AACAACCCUACAACAUCUCUCUUUUUUCUUCUUCUUUCUCUCCCUUCCAUGGCGUUUUGCGAGUCGCGCUGUUCCGUGGGCUCCUCCGCGUUCCUUCUCUGACUUGAUUUGGUUGUUUAUUCACUGUAUUUUUUUUUUUAUUUUUUUUUUAAAGUGCAAAGAGGAAACAACGACCACUGCACGUCAAAAACUAUGAACGAGGAGAUGACAAAAAGCGAGGAGCAGGAUGUUAGUUUGCAGAAAGCCUUGCAGCAGUGCGAGUUGGUGCAGAACAUGAUAGACAUAAGCAUUUCUAGUUUGGAGGGUUUACGGACCAAAUGUGCCACAUCCAACGACUUGACACAAAAAGAGAUACGAACGCUGGAGGGGAAGCUGGUGAAGUACUUCAGCCGCCAGCUGUCCUGCAAGUGCAAAGUGGCCUUAGAGGAGCGCAGCGUCGAGCUGGAGGACUUCCCCCGCCUCGGCCACUGGUUCCGCAUCGUCAACCUGAGGAAGGAGGUCACGCAGCAGAUGAGCCCGGGCGAGGUGACCCUGGAGGGCCUACUGGACAAGAGCGAGGAGGAGGUGUGCGAGCAGCUGCAGAAGUUUGGCGCCAACGAAGAGGAGUGCGCCCGACUCAACGCCUCGCUCUCCUGCCUCCGGAAGGCCCACCAGCUCGAACAACUUGAGGAGGAUAAAUUGCACAGUAAUGGAGGGAGCCAGGCGAAGCAGGACUGGUCCAUCCAGUGGCCCACCUCCGAGUCGGGCAAGGAGAACACCCCGGUGUGCCAGCCGGAGGCCAGCCAGUGGAUCCGGUUCCAGCUCGCCCAGAGCCCCAAAGUCCAGCCCAAGUACAACCAGCACACGUGCCACAGCCCGCAGGCCCCGGCCCCCCCUUUAUACGCCGAGCGGCUGACCGUGGACAGCCCGGCGGCGGGGCUCUUCCCCCCGCUGGACUUCGGCCAUCGCUCGCUGCCCCCGUCGCCCCGCCAGAGGCAUUUUGGCCACACGCCUCCCCGGACUCCCCUGGUGGUGAACACCAUGACGCCGCCGGGCACUCCUCCCAUGAGGCGCAGGAACAAAGUGAGGGCCCCCGGCACGCCGCCCCCGCCCAGCCGCAAGCUCAUCCACCUGCUGCCGGGCUUCACCGCACUGCACCGCAGCAAGUCCCACGAGUUCCAGCUGGGGAACCGGCUGGAUGACGCACAGACGCCAAAAGCCAAGAAGAAGACCAAGCCCUUGAACCUUAAGAUCCACAGCAGCGUGGGCAGCUGUGAGAAUCUGCCCACGCAGCGCUCGCCCCUGCACUCCGAGCGCUCGCUGCGCUCCUUCUUCUUCCCGACCUUCAUCCCGUCCACGCCUCCGGUCCACGCCGAAACGCCGUCUGCAAACACUCUCUCAGUGCCUCGCUGGUCCCCACAGAUUCCCCGCAGAGAUCUGGGAAACUCGAUAAAACACAGGUUCUCCACAAAGUAUUGGAUGUCCCAGACCUGCAUCGUGUGUGGGAAGGGAAUGUUGUUUGGACUGAAAUGUAAAAACUGCAAGCUGAAGUGCCACAACAAAUGCACCAAAGAAGCCCCGCCUUGCCAUUUGUUGAUCAUACAGCGAGGCGGACGAGAAUCCUUCAAAGAUCAACAAGGAACAACUCAAGUAGCUCGCCUGGUGCGGACCGAAUCGGUGCCGUGCGACAUCAACAACCCGCUCAGGUACUCGGACCUUCACAUCAGUCAGACGCUCCCCAAAACCAACAAGAUCAGCAAGGAUCACAUCCCCGCCCCGUACCAACCGGACUCCAGCAGCAACCCGUCCUCCACCACCUCCUCCACCCCGUCCUCGCCGGCUCCUCCUCUGCCCAGCAGCGCCACGCCCCCCUCGCCCCUGCACCCCUCCCCGCAGUCGGCGCGGCAACAGAAACAGUUCAACCUGACAGCCUCCAGUUACUUCAAAUACAAACAGCAGUUCAUCUUUCCUGAUGUUGCUCCAGAGGCUCCUCCGAGCCGAGCGCCGCAGGUCAUCCUGCACCCGGUCCUCUCUGAACCAGGUGAGCAAGCGAACCCUUUCCUUCAAAUCGAAGUGGAGCCUACAUCCGAUAACGAGGAGUGCAACGACGAGGACUCCGGCGACGAGUUCGAGGAGAUGAACCUGUCGCUCCUGUCGGCCCGGAACUUCCCGCGCAAGGCCAGCCAGACCAGCAUCUUCCUGCAGGAGUGGGACAUCCCCAUCGAGCAGCUGGAGAUCGGCGAGAUGAUCGGCAAGGGCCGCUUCGGCAAGGUGUUCCACGGGCGCUGGCACGGCGAGGUGGCCAUCCGCCUGAUCGACAUCGAGCGCGACAACGAGGACCAGCUGAAGGCCUUCAAGCGCGAGGUGAUGGCCUACCGCAACACGCGCCACGAGAACGUGGUGCUGUUCAUGGGGGCCUGCAUGAGCCCGCCGCACCUGGCCAUCAUCACCAGCCUGUGCAAAGGGAGGACCCUUUAUUCCGUGGUGCGGGACGCCAAGGUUGUCCUGGACGUCAACAAGACCAGGCAGAUCGCACAAGAGAUGGUCAAGGGGAUGGGCUACCUGCACGCUAAGGGGAUUUUACACAAAGACAUGAAGUCCAAGAACGUGUUUUACGACAACGGCAAAAUCGUCAUCACCGACUUCGGACUCUUCACCAUCUCCGGGGUUCUGCAGGCCGGCAGCCGGCGGGAGGACAAGCUGAGGAUCCCCAACGGCUGGCUGUGUCACCUGGCGCCGGAGAUCAUCCAGCACCUGUCUCCGGACACCGAGGAGGACAAGCUCCCCUUCUCCAAGCAGUCCGACGUCUUUGCGUUCGGCACCGUCUGGUACGAGUUACACGCACGCGAGUGGCCUUACAAGAGUCAGCCGGCGGAGGUGAUCAUAUGGCAGAUUGGCAGCGGGAUGAAGCCCAACCUCUCCCAAACCGGCAUGGGGAAGGAGAUAUCAGACAUCCUGCUGCUGUGCUGGGCGUACCAGCAGGAGGAGCGGCCCAGCUUCUCCAAGCUGGUCGACUUGCUGGAAAAGUUGCCGAAACGGAAUCGUCGCCUUUCCCACCCGGGGCACUUCUGGAAGUCAGCUGAGUAUGUCAAAUGAGUUUUUUUUUUUUUUUUAGGGACACGGUUGGUUUCUGCAGCUUCACAACGAAAAAAAGGGGGGGAAAAUUUAACAAAAAAAAGAAAAAUGAGUGAAACCGCCCGCCGCCAUAACUCUACAGAAAUAACCGACCUUCUUAAAGAAUGCACUGAAUCCAAAAGCCAGCCCAGUGAUGAGUGUACUUAAUGGCAUGUUGGCUUGUGCGUGCGUGUGUGUGCGUGUGUGUGUGAGUCGAACGCCGAGCUUCCUCACAGCAGGCGGGACUCGUGUUUUCUUUGGUUUCCCUUAAACCAGACUGCAUAUGUUCCCUCUUAUCUUUCCCUAUUGACUCCAUUUAUUUCCUGGAUGUUCCUCGCUUGUAACUCUCUGACUGAUCACAUCAUUCUGGACUUUAGAAGAAAAGAAAAAAAAACAAAGUGUCGAUUUCUUUUUUUUUUUCUCCUCCAUGUCUUGCUUUUGCACAUUGUAUAUUUUCACGGCAUUGUCUUUAUUUCCAUUCCUUAUGUCUGUCGACUGUGUAUAGACCAUUGUGUCUGUCUCUCACGUCUGUACAAAGAGCUUUAUUCAAAUGUCCUCUUACUGACACGGCACCAGUUGAAUGUGAAGAAGCCAGCGGCCCCCUGUUUGUGCGGCCGAUAACGUCGCCGUCGCUCUUUUGAAUAUUGCCUGUGAACAUGAGCGAGUGGUUUUUUUUGGGGGGGGGGUCAGACCAGGACUCCCUCCCUCAACCCCCCGGGAUGCUGUUCUGUGAAAUCGCUGACACUGACAUGUACACCGUGAAAUGUUGAGGAAGCGGUUACCCUUCAGAAAUGCCGUCACUGCGCCCCCCCCCCAUUUUACCUGAAAUAAAUGUAAAGUAUUCAUUUUAAAUGGCUGGAGAUUAUUACAAAAGAGGCACACUAAAUCUAAAGUGAUCGUGCAGUUAGUAAUUCCAGUAUUUUGUUUGAUUCAGUCCCUUUGCUAAUGGCUCUGGGAAGGAUUCGGAUGAGGCAUAGAGGGAAACUCUGAGAUAGAGACAGAGAGAAAUAAUUCCCCUUCACUUUUGUGCCGUCGAUUCGUGGGAAUUUGCAUUCUCACGAAUCACGAAAAAGGACGGAACGCCAAUGCGAAAAGACGCCGGACAUCUGAUGAUGGAGUCGAUUCCAUCGACUGUGUGACCCAGCAACAGAAAGUUGUGAAUGAGGCUGAGGGCAAAAACUACUCGGUUUAACAUUCAGCUUGAAUUCUAAGCUAUUGUUGGAGACGAGGAAGAGGGCAAGUCAUCGAAUUUGCUCAUUGAUUGAUCUAAAGUCCGCCCCCAUCGGCCACAUUUGUAUUGAUAAUUAGAUUCAAACCCGCUCAUCUACAUACAAUUUCAGUUUGUUUUUACAAAAAGACAACGAAUGACGAUAUGCAGAGUAGCACACACACACACACACACACACACACUAUGUGCAUGUUGUGAAUUAGCCGAAGCUGCGUGGUGGUAAAGUGACGCAAACGUUUGUUGCGUCCAGCCCAAAAGACGAGGCCGUGUCACGCAGGGGAUGGCGGUUAAUAAUCCUCCGGCUCUUGGGAAAUCAAAAGAAAAUUGAAUUCAAGGAGGCUGCACUGAACCCUGGUGGCGCGCUGCAGCUCAUCUGAUCGCGUAUUGCUGAAAUUCCACUUAAAAAAAAAAAACACACUUUAACUAGGCUUUUUUUUAUUUAUACUUUUUUUGCAUUUCCACCUCAUGUCGACAGAGGAGAAUGUGUGAGAGGCCGAGAAACAUGGACCGGGGAGUAAGACAGUAACUCAAAUCUAACCCCUUUAACAUUUCUGAAAGGACAUAUCUGAUAACCCCCCCCGCCACAGGCCACUUUUCUACUUCGUACUAUACAUUGCAGGAUAUUUCAAUCGUGCGUUUUAAGGAAAAAGGGCGAAUCUGCACGCGGCUUUAGAUUCUUACUGGUUUCCCGCCUCAUCGCGUUCACACGCGUGUUGGAGAAUGCACACAAACAACCUGCUGCUGUCUUUUGGGAGUCUGUCUGUCUAUUUUGGAAAUGCUGGGAUUCAAAUAUUGUAAGUGGAUCAUUUAUAUUUGUACUGUUUACAACUUUAAAGUGCAUGAGAAGGACCAUCAGAGAUUGAUUCUUGUUAUGAAAAAAAAAAAUCCUUCUACAAUAUAUAUAUAUAUAUAAAAAAACCGUUAUGUGAGCAUUUUUCUGAUGAACCGUUGUCUAUUGAGCAGUUUGAUCUAAAUACUUUAAUGAGGUUUCCCGUCAGGCUUUUCAGCAGCUUUGUUUGAUUGUUUCAGGUAUUUAUGGAUCAUUUAAUAGAUAAAACUAGCAUUUAAAUAAAGAGGAAUAUAGCUGCGAUCUGUGCACCUGCUGACUGGACAACAAUCAAAGAUUUAACAUCCGUGCCAAGUGUACAUAACAGAUUGUAGACUAUGUUUUAUCGUCAAUAUUCCUUGUGGAUUUGUGGACUUCUUUAUUUUUAAUGUACAAAUUGUGUUGUGUUUAUUUCCGUUGUUUCUGUUUUCUGUUCAUUUGAAUUUCUUUUCCUCCAUUUCCUCCUAAUUGCAUAAGCAUUGAUGCUGUGUUGUUUCUUUUCCUUGUAUUGUAGACCGUAGCUCCAGAAAGCUUGUAUUUCAUGAUGCCUUAUGGUCCAUGGCUUAGUGAUGAGUAGAUUUUGAUUCACAGGCUCUUUUAUUUGCACUCAUCCUUUACAAAGUGUAUAACAAUAAAAAAAAAGAUGUUUUCAUUUUG